AUGUCUAUAAAUAUAAUCAAAUCUCAUAAAAUUGAAGUACCUAAGCAAAGAAUAACAUAAAAUUAUAGCAAGAAUUGUAUAACAACAUUCAAAAAAUUUCGAUGUAUUAUAGUAUUUUAUAUCAAAUAGCAAAGAGUUUGGAUGUGUUUAUUAGACUUUUAUAAUAAACAUGCUAUCAAAAAUCAGAGCAAUGUAUAGAUACUCAAUAAGUUUUUUCAACAAGCAGAUAAUUUAAUACAUAAAGGACUUUGAUGGAAUUCGGAUUCAUCAAUGGAAGAAACUCUCCUAACAAAAAGAAUAAAUAGCCUUAGAAGAGUAGAUAAAAAAAUUAUAAAUUUCCUGAGUUAUAGUAUAAAAUAAGAAGAUUAAGUUGUGGAUGUAGUGAAUGUGGUAUGGUUGGACGAAAAAUUAGGAAAUUUCAUGAUAUUCUUAUUUCAAAAGUUAAGGAAGUUUAAAAAUAAUCAAUAGUAGGAAAUGGGAAUAAAUUAAGAGGAAUUUUUAGUUAAGUAACUAAAACUGCAAAGGCAUGCAUAAGUUUGAAAACUUUGUAAUCAGAACGAGAUAGAGAUGAGAAAUUAGAGUUUAGUCCUGAGGGUAAAGGUAGUGUUUUUGAUUUUUAAUGUAAGUAAGUGUCUCGAAAGAUUAUUUACUAAAAUUAAAUGAAUCAACUACCAUUAAUAAAGAAGCCUUAGAUGAAAGAUUAUAUGAGAAAGAUAAACAAUCUUAAUAACUUAAUUGAAUAAACUUAAAUGAUUACUAGUCAAUCUUCUACUUUAAUCAGGAAUUCAGCACCAAAUUUAGAUGCAUUCGAAAAGAAAUAAAAAGAGAGUCCGAUGUCGAAAAGAGAAUAAUCAAUGCAUAGUUCUCGGUAGAAACAAAAUAUAUACUUAUUAAAAACACCUCUGAAUGGAUUGAACUAAUCGAAGUUAAGAGAGUUUAAAAUAAAAUAAUGAAAUAUAUUUAAUUUUGGAAUUAAAGCAACGAUAUUGAAUAACAAUCUGAUCCUUAAGAGAAAUCAGGGUUCGUGUCUAAGUUUUCUUAAUCUAUUAGAUUUCUAAAACCAUGUAAGAUUUAUAAAAUGAAAUAUAUAAGAAAGUGUAGUGACAAAAGUAUAAGAUGUAUAAUAAGCAGCAUUGAAUUGGAAGAAUUUUACAAUAUUUUUUGGAGUGGGAAUAUGUUUUAUGUUUAUAGCAUUUACAUUUUUACCAUUAAUAAUGAUAUUUCCAGCAAAAUUUGGUGGAUUAUUUAGUUUAGGGUAUGUGUUAUUUAUUUAAAUAUAAUAUAGAUCAUUAAGUUUGUGGAUUUCAUUGUUUAUAAUAAAAGGAGGAAAGAACUUUAUGAAAAUGUUUUGUAAUAAGGAUAAAUUCAUUUAUACUAACAUUUAUGUGAUUAUGCUUAUAGCAACAGUGUAUUUUAGUCUGAUCCAUAAAAAUUAUAUUUUGGUGUUAAUGUUUUCAAUUGCUUAGGUAUUUGAAUACUUAAAGAAUUUAGAUGAUAUCUUUAGGAUGGUUAUUUGCAUCUUCAUUUCCAGCUGGAAUCACUGGUAUGAAGUUUAUUACAAAAUAAAUACUUGCACUUAUUAAAUAGAUAAUGUCUUGUUGUUUUAAGUCUUCAUAAUCGAAUUCAUUUCUACCAAUAUGA